UUUUUAAAUUUUUAUGGUUCUUUAUCUUCUGCUUUACAGAUCGAUAAAAUUAUCAGCCUGUUAGGCACUCCAACGACCAAGAUUUGGCCUGAACUAGAGUCGAUGCCGUUACUGGAGAAUUUCACUUUGAAGACGCAGCCCUUCAAUAAUGUAAAAGUAGUGUUCGAAUCGGCUUCAGUAACAGCUAUCGAUUUGCUCAAUGCUUUGUUUAUGUACGAUCCUAAAAAGCGCAUAAGUGCAGCGGAUGCACUAGCACAUCCAUUCUUUACGGAACGUCCAUUACCUUGUGAUCCCGUCCUGAUACCCUCUCUACCUCCUAGUUACACAAAGAAGCGGAAAAGGGACGAAUCACCUCAACGAUAA